CCUAAACCCACCCCAAGCGAACCCUAAUCUCACCACCCAGAAAACCCUAAUCAUGUCUCGCCAAUCACACCACCUCUAAAUCACAUACCCAGAAGUUAAAAAUUAAUCAAUAUGAGUUCGGCUAAUCCUAGUAGCAGCGGCGGCGGAGGCGGCGGCGGCGGCGGAGGGAGCAGCAGCAGUGGUGGGGGAAGCGGACCGUGCGGCGCGUGUAAGUUCUUACGGCGGAAAUGCGUGCCGGGAUGCAUUUUUGCGCCGUAUUUCGACUCGGAACAAGGCGCGGCUCACUUCGCGGCGGUUCAUAAGGUUUUCGGCGCCAGCAAUGUGUCGAAGCUGCUUUUACACAUACCGGUUCAUAAGCGGCUCGACGCCGUCGUCACCAUCUGCUACGAGGCUCAGGCCCGACUCAGAGACCCUGUUUAUGGCUGCGUGGCUCACAUCUUCUCUCUCCAGCAACAGUCAUGGGCCAUGCAGCAGCAGCAGCAUCUUCAUCAUCAUCAUCAUCGCCAAAUGGAUCAACGUCAAUUUGGGUUGUCACCAAGCGGCAGUGGCGGCGGCGGAGAUCUUCAAGCCUUGGCGCGAGAGCUUCUCCACCGACAAGGGUCGCCGCCGUCUGGGUCGGCGAUGCCAUGUACGGACACUUCAUCGUCACCGUCCAUCUCGAAAUAAAUGUUUACUGACUUUGUUACAAAACGAUUACUUGCCCCGGCCGGUACUGUGUACGUCCAUCAGAUGAUAAUAUACAGGGAAAAGGAGCUUAAUUAAUUUUCAUGUUGCUUGGCUGAGCAAGUAAUCUU